AUGACGCAGACCCUUUCCUUGGAGAAGGCACCGCUCUCACCGUCUCGUGCAUCGCGGCAGUCGAGCAUGAGCCCCACGAAGAAGCAGGCUGCCGCCAUCCGGAAGAGCUUCCAGCGGCCAAAGUUUUGGGUGAUGGGCUUUGGCUGGUGCCUGGCUGCUUGUGCCGGCGCAGCCAACGUCAUUGCCUUCAAGAACUGGACGCUCUAUGCGUCGCAUGUGACUGGAAGCACAUCCCAAAUCGCCUUCCGCCUCGAGGGCUACCAUCAGGGCGAAUAUGGCGGCGAGACCUUGAAAGAAGCCUGCUGCUUGGUGCUCUCAUUUUUUGCAGGAGCCUAUGCAUGCGGGCUUCUCAUCGACAAGAACCAGGUGCACUUCAUGGGUAAGGCGUUCUAUGGCCUAGCCCUGAUAUUGAACUCUGCCUUGCUGAUCACGGCAGCCCUCAUCCCAGGACGCCUGGUUCCAACAUGCUUCGUGGCAGCUGCUUGCGGGCUGCAGAACGCCAUGUGCACUUCGCACUUUGGCGCAAUCAUCCGCACCACGCACGUCACCGGAACUGUCACCGACAUUGGCUCCACUCUGGGCCGCAUCAGCAUGAUCUACCUUCGGAAAGCCUGUCGCUGUGCUCCACUAAACGCCAUUGAGUGCGCUGAAAUUGGUGUAGAUGCGCGCAAGUUGGGCGUGCUUUCAGGGCUGUGGUCUUUCUACUUGUUCGGAGGCCUCAUCGGGAUCUACGCGGAGAACAUCAUCCCAGGUCCUUUGGCGCUCCUGGUGCCGGCGUUUGUGACGGGCAGCAUGGGCCUGUUCUACAUGGACUACAUCAAGAAGCUGGAACGGGAGCGCUUCGCAGAGGACUUGAAGGAGGCCCAGACUGCCUUGACCCAUCUGAACAGCCGCCUCCAUGACAUCGAGGCUGGCGGUGGUGACCAGCUGGCUGAUGAUCUGGACACAGAUAUGGGUCACAUGAUCGAGGCCCUCCAUGAAGUUGAGGUCGACUUUGAGAAUGUCUACAGCCAGCCACAGCGAGAGGCAACGCAGGUGAGCAAGAGUCGGAGCAGCAUCAUGCCCGAUACCCGCGCCACUCUCUGA